GGUAGGUGCACUGCUGGGCACAGGUGGGUGCACUGGUGGGUGGCACUGCUGGGCACCAAUCAUCAGGGCACUGAUCAUCAGUGCUCUGAUGAUCGGUGUCGAUCCCUGCUCUGACAACUGCCGGUUCUCGGCAGGUCACUGAUCACCAGUGCCCUGAUGAUCGGUGCCCAGCAGUGCCAUACACAAGUUCCGCCCACCUGUGCCCAGCAGUGCGCCCACCUGUGCCCAGCAAUGCACCCACCUGUGCCACCCAGCAGUGUCACCACCUGUGCCCAGAAGUGCCACCUACCUGUG